UCGAUGAAAGUAACAGAUGCAAGGGCGAGUGUUAUUAACAAAUUUGCUGUGUUAUUUUUCAGUGUGUAGUGAACUAAAUUUCCCGAUGUAUCACUCAUAACUCCACUCUCAGUUCAGACAGCACUUGUGGAUCGACAUUACUAAUAACCGCGCCGUGAAGGAUGCACAUUAUUGUUAUAACAUAGGUGACAGUAUAUUUAUUAACUUUCUCUUAUUGGAAUGCCCCGUUCCUUCCUUAUUAAGAAAGAAGAAGAAGAAGAAACAAUGAGCGAAACUUCAGUUGACUCGCAACACCGAAGUGCCUUCACCAUCGUCUCUCCGAGAAGAAAAGAUCUAACCACCGAUACCAGCAUGCGAUCUCCAUCACCAGCUCAUUCGUCAAAAUCUACGUCAUCACUAUCACCCGGAAGUGGAUCAAUGUCGGACCCAACGGAAGACAACCACCAAGGGCAGAUAAGCCAGUCGGCAAUAGAGGGGGCUAAUUUUAAUGCAUUCAGGCCUUGGCUGUGUGAACCAAUCAAAAAACAAGUGCACACGAAUAAAUCUCCAUCAUGUAUAAAUGUGCCCUCACAUACGGCCCUCCAGAACGCCAUGAAGAAUGCAACGAUGUCUGAUCUUUACCGCUACCAGUUCGCACAAGUUUUCUACCGAUCGCCUCUCUUCUCGUACGGACAGGCGUCCUUCUGGACAGACCCACGCCUCUACAGAUUCUUUGGACAGAGGAAGGACAUGGUCAACCCCUUCCUGCCGAAUAUGGUGAAGUAUUCUGAGGAGGGCGAGGUUACCGGUAUGGUCAAAGGUUCAUUUGAAUGUAUGAAAUGCAUGAAGCAAUUCAGCACACCACACGGACUCGAAGUGCACGUGCGUCGGUCCCACAGCGGACGACGGCCGUACGCUUGUGAGGUUUGUAACAAGACUUUCGGACAUUCGGUCAGUUUGACCCAACAUAGGGCAGUGCACACACAGGAGAAAAGUUUUCAGUGCCAGCAAUGCGGGAAGAGCUUCAAGCGGUCCUCCACCUUGUCAACCCACCUCCUAAUUCACAGCGAUACACGACCAUACCCCUGCCCAUAUUGCGGGAAGAGGUUUCACCAGAAAUCUGACAUGAAGAAACACACGUAUAUCCAUACAGGAGAAAAGCCGUACAAAUGCACACACUGCGGCAAAGCCUUUAGUCAGUCAUCGAAUCUCAUUACACACUGUCGUAAACACACAGGUUUCAAGCCCUUCUCCUGUGACAAGUGUGGUCGCUCGUUCCAACGCAAGGUUGACUACCGAAGGCACCACGAGACACAACAUGCUGAGGAAUGUGCCCCGGUGGAUUCUGGAACACCAGUUUCAACUCUGUCACCGCAGGACGUGUCCGGUCUAUGAGAAAGACCAGUCUGUUACCGCAGGACAUGUCCUGUCUGCGAGACUGAGAGCUAUGUCAGCAGUAUGUGUCCGGUCUAUGAGAAAGAACAUUCUGUCACCGCAAGACGUGUACGGUCUAUGGCGGUCUAUGAGAAAGAACAUUCUGUUACCGCAGGACGUGUCCGGUCUGUGAGACAGAAAGAUAUGUCAGCAGUAUAUGUCCGGUCUGUGAGAAAGAACAUUCUGUCACCGCAACACGUGUCAAGUCUGUGAGAACGAAAACUUUGCCAGCAGUAUGUGUCGGUCUGUGAGAAAGAACAUUCUGUCACCGCAGUAUGUGUCCGGUCUGUGAGAAGAAAAACUAUGUCAGCAGAACGUAUCCGAUCUAAGACAAAGAAAAGCUCACGCGGAGCAUGUGGCCGGUCUUUGAGAACGAAAUCGGCCGCUAACGAUGGUGAUUGGUAGAAAAGUUGGCACCAUGAGAAGGCAGCAUUAGAAGACUCAAUAUGUCAAUCAAGAGAGGUCUACCCCUUAGCCUCUACGACCCGUUUCGAUUAUUUUGUUAUGUAAAACAAUAUGCCCAAUGCAAGAGUUGACAACCUGUGGUGAAAUAUAACUUGUCAAUCAGAUUUGACUUCCAAAUACGCGGAACUACAUUAGCUAGAGUAUUGGUCAGAAGAUGACGUGAUCACUGGCGUUCAUACCUUGCGUUUAUACCGUUCGUUCAUACCGUGCGUGCAUACCGUACGUAUACGUUUGAAUACGACUUGGACAGGUUUGACAACCAUGUUAGUGCUGUGUGACUUAGUGCUAUACAUCCGGGUGUUAUUGACAACCCAACUGUUACUUGUUAAAGAAAAAACACAGUCAUCGCUCAAUUAAACAUUGACUCUUUACGAAGCUGUUGAAGUGUACUGUUCAUUGAAAUAUUGCAGAUAAUAUUAUUAAUGCUGUUAUUGAAAUUUCUUCCACAAUUUAUAUAACAUAUGUAUGUUUUUGUGUUACGUGUGAUAUGGUGUCACGCGCCUUCUGUGAUAAAUGGCAAUUUUAAACAUUUAUUUUAGUUUUGUCACAUUUUAGAAAUAGGCUUCCUAGCGAUAUUUCCAUGCUAUACCUUAACGAUAUAUAUAUUUGGGAGUGAUGAUGGCGGCGGUUUUUGUAACUAGACCUAAGUGCUUGAUGAUUAGAGAAGCGUUGUUGAGGUAUAGCAUGAUUUAUUUAGACUGAACAGAACCUGGUGAGAAAACCAUGGUCUACUAUACUGCACGGUUGUGGGCAAUGUGUACUAGUUUCUAUUAAUAUGUUAUUGAAAUGACAAUGUUUUGGAAUGGUUGGAAAAGUUUAUUUUAAAAUUAAAUUAUUUUCAUUAAAUACUGGUUACUGUUACACUAAACAUACUUAUGUAUGUAAAUAAUAUCGUAUGUUUUGCCUUUACACGAAAAACACAUGAUUUUUUUAAAACAUUUUACACCACUGUACGUGUGUAAGAAUGAAAUCGUGAAAAUGAUCAUACUCAAAAAGUUUUGAAUCAGCAGUUUCAUUAAAUGAUUUCCCCCCUUGUUAUCGAUAUGUGUUUAUGAUAUGUGGAUUUACGUGUGUAUAUGAAUGCUAACUUAUCGAGAACUUUGACCACCUAGCACAACUAUUUAUUGAAUAGCAAUCAAACUCACUCAACCCUUAUUUAUGCAAAUUUACAUGUCAUCGUUUAUUAGAAAUAUCCAUGUAGUUGGUAAUAAACUAUGUUUAAAUGAU